CAAGGAAAUAAAUAUUAGAUAAUUAAUAAAUUUUAAUAAGAGGAAAAAAAAACAUUCAUCUUCUUCUUCUUCGUCGGAGUCGGAGCAGAGAAAGGUUUUGGAGAUCGAGACCAAACUCCGAUUGAAAGAGGAUGCAUUCUUUUGGUUACAGAGCGAAUGCUCUACUCACAUUCGCCGUCACGAUUCUAGCUUUCAUUUGCGCGAUUGCUUCCUUCUCUGAUAACUUCAGUAACCAAAAUCCCUCUGCUCAGAUCCAGAUAUUGAAUAUCAAUUGGUUUCAGAAGCAACCUCAUGGAAAUGAUGAGGUCAGCUUGACACUGAACAUAACAGCUGACUUGCAGUCACUAUUUACUUGGAACACAAAGCAGGUAUUUGCUUUUGUAGCAGCAGAGUAUGAAACCUCCAAGAACGCCCUGAAUCAGGUUUCACUAUGGGAUGCCAUAAUACCAGAGAAAGAGCAUGCCAAAUUCUGGAUACAAAUCUCAAACAAGUACCGUUUCAUAGAUCAGGGACAUAACCUCCGAGGGAAGGACUUUAACUUGACAUUGCACUGGCAUGUCAUGCCCAAGACAGGCAAGAUGUUUGCUGACAAAAUAGUUAUGUCUGGUUAUCGUUUACCUAAUGCAUACAGAUGAAGAUGAAGAGCCUCCUCCUGCAUCAUCUAAGGUUAACAAAAAAUCUCUUAAAUUAGGAAAGAAGAGAGUUAUAUUUCAGGUGUUAAGUUAGACUUGCUGAUCUGUAUACUGGCAUGAAGUUAAAAACAUUGUUUUGGAAUGAAUUAUGAGCCAAGAACAUAUGAGAUUGUCGUCGACUCUUUGAUUAGCUUCAUACGAACAUAACUCUGCAUAUACCCGAUCAAAAUUUGAUCGCAUUCAUAAACCGAGCCUCGAACUCCAUAAGAACAUGUAACAUAAGAAACAAGAAAGUGGAAACAACAUGGUCUGUUGUCUAAUCAUGAAGAUAGGUAUGAGUUGGUAAACAAAACUGGAAUCGUUCAUCAAAUCCAAUUGCAGACAAAUUCAACAAAGUUUAGCAAAAAAAAUCUCAAUUGAAAGAUAAUGGAGUAAACAACAGAAUCACUAAUCUUCCUCUCUAUUUACACUCUUCUACGACUUCUCUUAUUACCAAGAAGAACUGAAGAACAAGAUCUAACUCUUGAAGCUAACUUCACAAAAUUCUCUUUCUUGUAUCCAAAAACCAAUGAAGCAACGACGCAGAGAAACCCAAACACCAAAAAUCUAGCUUCUCUCUUCAACUCUUUAACCACAGUGACACCAAAUAAACAAAGCCCCAAAACCUUCAAAACCAAUUCACUCUUAAUCUCUAUCCCAGAGAUUUUGCAAAAACCAUAAAUCCAAAGAAUCACACAAACAAAAACCAAAAUUGGCACUUUGUUCUUUUUCCUUCUCCAUCCAUCAAAUCUUCCCCAUCCUCUCCAAAACCCUAACCCUCCUCUUCCUCCUCCUCCUCCAUCUACGCCGCCCAAAUCAGCAAUGACAAGAUCCAAGGGCUGUGGUAAAAUCUGGAGAUUAGGUGCCAAUAAAGACAGUGAAUUGAACAGAAACCUCGUGAUUCUUCGAUACCCAACUCUUUGUUUCCUCUUCUUUGCACAAAGAACCAAACUUUGAAACUGGGUCCGAUGUGAAAUCGAAGAAGAAACUCGAGAAAUUGAUGAAAGUCUCAGACUUUUUUGUGGAUUAAGAAAAUGAAACCUACUGAGAUGCGAUGUCAGAUGAAGAAGAGUCAUUACCGCAAUUUCUGUCUUCUCGUUUCUUUUCUAAUCCCAGUUUGGUUAGAGACAAAAG